AUGGCUGAUGCUUCAGGUAUAAAACUCAAUGUCGCUUUGGGUGCAGGGACACCUAAAACAGUUUCUCCACUACCCACAUCUCCUGAAGCUGGUACAGGAAAUGCAGGUUGCAUCUACUGUCUCGCCAAAGUUGGCCACCCGCGUUUAGGCAGAGGCGAAUCUUACGCUUGUGGAUACAAACCUUAUCGUUGCGAAAUCUGCAAUUACUCAACUGUCACCAAGGGAAAUCUCGCCAUACAUGAACAAUCAGACAGACAUCUCAAUAACGUACAGGAAUAUGAUCAGCAACAAAAACUAAAUUGCAACCGAGAGGUAAAUGAGCAAGGACCCCCGAAUUCAUCGAUUGCCCACUCGGUCGCACACCGAAUACUUCGUAGUUCUCCACUCACUCAAUCGCCCGUAAGCACUUGGGUUCGGUCCCAUUCUGCUCUCAAUGACCCUCUGAAUACAAACAUCAGUAACACAAACGUAAAUGGGGUCUGCAGUGUAAGUCUUCUCGAGGUAGCCGACCAUCCCCUUGUCUGCCAGGUCUGUGGCGUCUUCUCGACAGAUAGUGUAGAAGAAUUGGUCAGACACGCAGAACAGAACCGGAUUCCCCUGAAUCUCGAUUGCGCAAACCAGCAAGUGACUAGCCAUUCGGAUGGCGCCUGGCACUGCUUUCUGUGCGUCUACAGGAGUCCACUGAAGGCAAAUUUUCAGCUGCACUGUAAGACGGAGAAGCACGCGCAGAGGUUGAGUCUUCUUCUGCACAUAUGGGAGGGCAGGGCUGGGGUGUCCCCCCCGCUCUCCACCAGCCCCUUUCUACUCUCCCCCCCAGCCAAAGGAAGUGCCUACAGCCAACUUCGUUGUCUGCCCUGUGACUUUUCUACAUGCUCCGUGCACAGAAUGCGCGUGCAUUGUCAAAUGCCAGCGCACAUCCUCCUCGUUGAGGCAUUUUCUGCUAUUAUGAGACAUAGAGAUCAGUUGACAUCACUAACUACCACCAGUGACUGCGAGAGUAUGGUGCCCAAGGCGAAGGUGAUGUAUACAUGUCGCACGUGUGGGGUUACCCGCGCGUCAGUGAUGGAGAUAAUUCAUCAUUUGCAGUCGACCAACCCAUGUGUAAGUUUAUGGCUUCUGGGGCCUAUGGAUCAUCCUCACCUCAUCAUGAUCAAAGCAAGGAAAAAAGAAAACUAA